GUGAUAUAGUGACACACAGGUGACACACAGAGGUGAUAUUAAGUUGAUAUUAAGGUGACACACAGGUGAGAUACAGGUGAUAUUAAGAGUAUCUGUGAGGAGACAGUGGCACAAGGAAUGACAAUGAAUAAGAUUGGGCCGGUGAUACAGGGGGGAGGGGUCACAAGUCUCAGUGGAAGUGACACAUGGGGGGGGGAUAUUUCCCAGAAUCCCUGACAUUUCCCUCCGAGUUGAGGACAGAAGUGGCCUGUGACCCCGCCGGUGACAGAGAGUCGGGGGCAGCGGUGAAUAAGAAGUAAAUGGAGACCGGAACUAAAAGGAAGCAAGCAGUUACACCAGGAAGUGGCACAAGGGCAGCAGCAGUUACACCAGGAAGUGGCACAAGGGCAGCAGCAGUUACACCAGGAAGUGGCACAAGGGCAGCAGCAGUUACACCAGGAAGUGGCACAAGGGCAGCAGCAGUUACACCAGGAAGUGACACAAGGGCAGCAGCAGUUACACCAGGAAGUGACACAAGGGCAGCAGCAGUUACACCAGGAAGUGGCACAAGGGCAGCAGCAGUUACACCAGGAAGUGGCACAAGGGCAGCAGCAGUUACACCAGGAAGUGGCACAAGGGCAGCAGCAGUUACACCAGGAAGUGGCACAAGGGAAGCAGCAGUUACAUCAGGAAGUGACACAAGGGCAGCACAAGCAGCAGUUACACCAGGAAGUGGCACAAGGACAGCAGCAGUUACACCAGGAAGUGGUACAAGGGCAGCAGCAGUUACACCAGGAAGAGGCACAAGGGCAGCACAAGCAGCAGUUACACCAGGAAGUGGCACAAGGGCAGCAGCAGUUACACCAGGAAGUGGCACAAGGACAGCAGCAGUUACACCAGGAAGUGGCACAAGGGCAGCAGCAGUUACACCAGGAAGUGACACAAGGGCAGCAGCAGUUACACCAGGAAGUGACACAAGGGCAGCAGCAGUUACACCAGGAAGUGACACAAGGGCAGCAGCAGUUACACCAGGAAGUGACACAAGGGCAGCAGCAGUUACACCAGGAAGUGGUACAAGGGCAGCAGCAGUUACACCAGGAAGUGACACAAGGGCAGCAGCAGUUACAUCAGGAAGUGACACAAGGGCAGCAGCAGUUACACCAGGAAGAGGCACAAGGGAAGCAGCAGUUACAUCAGGAAGUGACACAAGGGCAGCACAAGCAGCAGUUACACCAGGAAGUGACACAAGGACAGCAGCAGUUACACCAGGAAGUGACACAAGGGCAGCAGCAGUUACACCAGGAAGUGGCACAAGGACAGCAGCAGUUACACCAGGAAGUGGCACAAGAACAGCAGCAGUUACACCAGGAAGUGGCACAAGGACAGCAUCAGUUAUACCAGGAAGUGGCACAAGGGCAGCAGCGGUUACACCAGGAAGUGGUACAAAGGCAGCAGCAGUUACACCAGGAAGUGGUACAAGGGCAGCAGCGGUUACACCAGGAAGUGGUACAAGGGCAGCAGCGGUUACACCAGGAACUGACACAAGGGCAGGAGCAGUUACACCAGGAAGUGGCACAAGGGAAGCAGCAGUUACACCAGGAAGUGACACAAGGGCAGCAGCAGUUACACCCGGAAGUUGCACAAGGGCAGCAGCAGUUACACCAGGAACUGACACAAGGGCAGCAGCAGUUACACCAGGAAGUGGCACAAGGGAAGCAGCAGUUACACCAGGAAGUGGCACAAGGGCAGCAGCAGUUACACCAGGAAGUGACGCAAGGGCAGCAGCAGUUACACCAGGAAGUGGUACAAGGGCAGCAGCAGUUGCAUCAGAAGUCAUGAGAGGCCAGCAACAAAACUGCGCUGCCCAGGAGCAGGCUCACCAGGACCACAUGAGAGCAGAGCAGCAGAUGGACAUGGAGUCUGGGAUUCUGCAGCAGGAAACAGACAAGGCUGCCCAGGAGCCUAUAGAAAACCGGUUCACUCAGACGGAGCAGCGGGGCAUGGUGGUGCAGAAGAAGAGGCUGCAGACGAUCUGGAAAAGACCUGCAGUGAUGGAGUAUAGGACCACCUCUGCUUAUAAGAUAGUGCAGAAUCUAUUGGAGAAGAUGAGCCCUGACGAUGAUAUUGAAACCUUCCUGGCAGUGUUUGAGAGGGUUGCAGAGCACUCAAAGCUUCCUCACGACGAGUGGGCUGCAGUCAUUGCUCCUUAUUUGUCAGGGAAGUCCCUGAAGGCAUACUUAGGCUUAAGCAAGCAGGAUGCCAAAGACUACACUAAACUCAAAGAAGAAAUCCUAUCCAGUGAGGGGAUCACGUUGGCUGGCCAUGCGCAGUGCUUGCACAACUGGAGCUACUCCUCCGAGAGGUCCGUCCGCUCUCAGAUGUACGACCUGCUGUCUCUGGCUAACAAUUGGCUCCAGCCAGAGGUCUCUACACCUGCCCAGAUUAUAGAGAGGGUCGUGCUGGACAAGUUUGUCAGAUCCCUUCCCUCCAGCAUUCAAGUUUGGAUUGGUAAAAGGGGCCCCAGAGAUGUGGAUCAGUUGGUGUCCUUGGUGGAGUGGUACAACGCUAUGGUGGAUCAUCUCCAUGGUUCUUCUCCAAAAUCAUCUUUGAUGGGCGGAAAAAUUCCUGGCUGCCUUGGUUACCCAGGGGCCGGAACUGAUUUCUUCCCGAUAAAGGUGGAGAAAGAAGAAUCGUAUUCUGCAGAUGAUCCUCGGCCAAUGGAAAACGUACUUGCUGCACGGGGUUUCCAUGCGGCUGAUCCCAACAAGUUGCAGAUAAAAUCAGAGACAGAAGAGCCGGACUCUGAACAUCAGCCGAACCCGAUGGGAAGCUCUGAGAUUGCAUUUACAGCUGGGGUAGAGAGUUGCUUGGAGCACAAGGCAAGCUGGGACCUUGGAAUGCACAGGAUUGAUUUAACGCAGCUGAACCUACAAGUUCCUGAAGCCAAGGCUUCCACACAUACCCCGGAGUCGUCCCAAACCUCCGGCGAAUCUGAAGGAUUUUCACUUCCCAGGGAAAAAACUAAACCGGAGUUAAACUCGAGCCCAAGAAACAGGCAGCGUUCGACAAGGUGGAAAAUGACACAUUUCCCUUGUUCCAAGUGUGGAAUGACUUUCUCUACCAGGACGGAUCUUAUAAAGCACCUGUGUGUGGGGAAAAACGAUAUUGUUUCUCAGCAUUCUUCAGAAGUCGGCGACCCCCUCGGGGCAAAGGGGGAACGUUACAGCCACGCUGAAGGGAAACCUUUCAAAUGCCAUGAAUGUGGGAUGGAUUUUGCGGAUGAGCCGUCUCUACAGUUCCACCAGAUGAUGCACGCAGAGGAUAGACCGUUCCAGUGUAACCAGUGCGGGAGAAAGUUCUCUCUCCGGAGCAGCCUUUCCAAUCACGAGAGGAACCAGUCGUGCGAGCAGCCGUUCCGAUGCAAAGAGUGCGGCAAAAUCUUCUCCCGGAAGAGCAGCCUUCACAGCCAUCAAAAAAUCCACACGGGGGAGAGGCCGUUCAUCUGCAUGGAGUGCGGCAAAAGCUUCUACGAGAACAGCGACCUCCGCAAGCACCAGAAGAGUCACACGGGGGAGAAACCCUUCAGCUGCCCCCAAUGCGGGAGGAAGUUCUCUCUGGUGUGUAACCUUCACAAGCACCGCAAGCUGCACGAGAGGGAGCACCUUCCACAUAUGGAUAACGUUUUCCUUGACGGGAUGAUCUUUUGACCAGUGUUCCUUUAAUGUUCCUUAAUUUAUGUCCCCAGAACAAACAAUUGUCGUUGAGUUUUAUAUGUGUGCGAGUAUUUCAGUGUGUGGUCAAUUGUGCAGAGAGCCCGACUGCAAAGAGGGGGUGAUCUAGAAUCCUGCGCGGGUACAUUUUUUGGAACCCGUACACGACCCAUUCCCUGCAACCUUCCAGUGUUGGACUGGCCCACAGGGAUACCAGGAAAAGUCCGGGUGGGCCAAGGUGUUAGUGGGCCCUCAUGCUGCUAGACAUUUGGCAUAUUUCAUGGCUAUUCCCAAAUUCUAUGA